AUCGCCUCUGGUUGCCGCCACUCCACCGUAACGACCGGAGAAACACAAACGUUUUACAAACUCUGUGGGAAACCCAAUGGGGAGAACUGCAGUGGGGUCUUUAUACACGUUCCGGGGCCGCUUCAACUGGUACUUAUAUUUUUCAGAUUCCGGGGCUGGUUCGCUUUCUCUCGAUGUAAUCUGAUCCCGUGCAAGUGUCUUGGAAGCAUCAUCAGCUUUCACAAUUCUAAAAGGGAGGUGACUUGAGCGACCGAAAAACAUACGUUGAAUUCAGCAGGAGUGCACCUGGGAAAUAGACCACGUCAUCCACCAACCUACAGCUAUUGGACUGAGGACCAUUGAGAUGCAUGGCUUGUAAGCAGCCAGCGCCUGCGAUGGCUCACAGGAAGAGGCCAGGGACCAGCGGCUCCAGCUGCAGCAUGGUGGAGCCCCCCGUACGGCCCCCCUGCCCCGCCGCCUACCCCCCAGAGCAGCACAGCCAGGAGCAUGAGGAGGGGCCAGGGGAGGAGGAGGAGGUCCACUACUGCCGCCAGCAGGGCCUGGAGCCAGAGCUGACGGACAGCCGGCCGGACACACCUACUACACCGGAGCCGGAACACGAGCAUGAACACAGCCAUGACCACGAUCACCCAGACUGCCACGGCCAUGAUGACCACAGUCACAGCGACGACCAUGCAGAGUGCCAUGGCCACGACCGCGACCAUGCAGACUGUCACGGUCACAGUCACGACGAUGUAGACUGUCACGACCACGGCCACGUGCACAGUCACAUCAAUGACCACGACCAUGCAGGCUGCCACGGCCACCGUCACGACCACGCUGACAGCCUGGACGGAGACUCCAGCUCUGACUAUGUGAACAACACCUCAGAGGAGGAGGACUAUGAUGAAGGUCUGCCGGAGGAGGACGAGGGCAUCACCUACUACAUCCGCUACUGCCCUGAGGAUGACAGCUACCUGGAGGGCAGCAUGGACUGCAACGAGGCCGAGGCUGACUACACCGCCAGCACCGUGCAGACGUCCGGGCUGAGCCCCCCGGGCGACACAGACGAGUGCCAGGAAGCGGUGGAGGAGUGGGUGGAGGGAGAAGGGGGGGUGGAGGUGGGGGAGGUGCGCUGUGAGGUGGUGGAGCAGGACCCAGAUGAACAGAUCUACGACGAGGAGGAAGAGGAGGAGGUGAGAGCUGGGGUUGCCUACACUGGGGACUACUAUGGCCCAGAGGAGGACAAUGGGAACUCCGUGGUUCACGUACCGCGGUCUCCAUACCGUGGCCGUAAGGUGGUAGUGGAGGGGGAGACAGGGGAGGAGGCGGAGGAGGACAUUGACCAGAUAGUGGCAGAGAUCAAGAUGAGUAUGAGCAUGGGUAGUCUGAGCAGCGGUGGCACUGACCAGAGCCCUGACGAGCUGGUGCAAGACAGUGUACCCAAUGACUACCACGCUCCUGAGGCCCACGCCAAUCCUGAGCCUGCCCCCUACACCCCAACCCCACACCGCCACGACAGCAGACCCAAGUCCCUCAACCUUCCCUCCACACGGCACAACAACCCUGAGCUCCAGAGGGGCUUCAAGGUUCAUUCCCGCACCCCGGAGGAGCGACAGCAGUGGGCUCAAGAACAGAUGACCAACGGUGCAGAGCAGCCCAGGAAACAGCAGCGUUCUGACCUCAACGUGCCGCUGGAGAACAACAAUGUCCCGGAGGAAACAAAGAAGGCUGCAUCUUUCCCCAGCUUUGUUGAUGUUCCAGGGCCCUGUGAGCCAGAAGAUCUUAUUGAUGGCAUCAUCUUUGCUGCUAACUACCUGGGCUCCACCCAGCUGCUCUCUGAGAGGAACCCGUCCAAGAACAUCCGCAUGAUGCAGGCCCAGGAGGCUGUCAGCCGGGUCAAGAGGGUUCAGAAGGCUGCCAAAAUCAAGAAAAAGGCGAGCCCAGAGGGGGACGCACAGACACUGACAGAGGUGGACCUCUUCAUCUCCACCCUGAGGAUCAAAGUGCUCAACGCAGACACACAGGAAACUAUGAUGGACAACGCCCUGCGCACCAUCUCCUACAUAGCUGACAUUGGGAACAUCGUGGUGCUGAUGGCGAGACGCCGCAUGCCGCGCACAGCCUCCCAGGACUGCAUCGAGACCACACCUGGCGCCCCAGAGGCCAAGAAACAGUACCGGAUGAUCUGCCACGUCUUUGAGUCUGAGGACGCCCAGCUCAUAGCCCAGUCGAUUGGGCAGUCAUUUAGUGUGGCUUACCAGGAGUUCCUGAGGGCCAACGGCAUCAACCCAGAGGACCUGAGUCAGAAGGAGUACAGUGACAUCAUCAACACGCAGGAGAUGUACAACGAUGACCUCAUCCACUUCUCAAACUCUGAGAACUGCAAAGAGCUGCAGCUGGAGAAGCAUAAGGGAGAGAUCCUGGGCGUGGUCAUAGUGGAGUCUGGCUGGGGCUCCAUCCUGCCCACGGUCAUCCUGGCCAACAUGAUGAAUGGUGGGCCGGCCGCCCGCUCCGGGAAGCUCAGCAUCGGAGACCAGAUCAUGUCCAUCAACAACACCAGCCUGGUGGGGCUGCCGCUCGCCACCUGUCAGGGAAUCAUCAAGGGCCUGAAGAACCAGGUGCAGGUGAAGCUGAACAUUGUGAGCUGUCCCCCUGUCACCACCGUGCUCAUCAAGAGACCAGACCUCAAGUACCAGCUGGGCUUCAGCGUCCAGAAUGGGAUUAUCUGCAGCCUGAUGCGUGGGGGUAUUGCUGAGCGGGGGGGUGUCCGGGUUGGCCACCGCAUUAUUGAGAUCAAUGGCCAAAGCGUGGUGGCUACAGCGCAUGAGAAGAUUGUCCAAGCCCUCUCAAACUCUGUGGGCGAGAUUCACAUGAAGACAAUGCCAGCGGCCAUGUUCAGACUCUUAACAGGACAGGAGACUCCUAUGUAUAUAUAAACCAAGGACAGAUCCUAUUGUCCUCCACAGAGGAGCUGUAAGCAGCGGUUGUUUACAGUCCAGUUGGAGAGUUCUGGGUGGACAAGACUAGCAGACCAAUGAGUGUCUGAGGAUGGCUAGUGAGCCAGAGAGGUUUUCUUUCUUACUGUUGUGUCGCUGACUUAUUCUUUUUUUCCUCCAUCUUUUUUUGAGCUAACAUUCAUUCAACUGACACUCCCGGUAUUUUGCUGAUGUUAAUACUAAAGACGGUCAUCUGGGCAGAAGGUGUUUACGUUAUUUAUUUGUGUUGUUUGUGUUUUUUGGACACCUCACAAUGUAUAUUUUUAUAUUCAUAUCAUGCCAUAUUGUACCUGCAUAUUGUUUCAUUUAGUUUUCUUUGUUGUAUUUAAUUUUCAUGUAAAUACAUAUUUUGCUAAUGUGUUGGAAGUAAUGGGGAAGGGCCGUGGUUGCUUUGUAAAUAUUUAUUGACUUUUCCUGCUGGUUUGAUAGCAGGGAAGAGAGCCCUUGACCGCUAAAGGACGAUUGAAAUCGUGCUGUCAAUAUAGUUUAGAUGGACAAUAAAAGGGAAUUUGGGAGUGACUUGGGUAGUAUAAUUUUGUUAUAUACAGUACCAGUCAAAAGAUUGGACACACCUACUCAUUCAAGGGUUUUUCUUUAUUUUUACUAUUUUCUACAUUGUAGAAUAACAGUGAACACAUCAAAACUAU